CUUACGAAUCGAUUGGAUAUUUUGCAGAACAAAAAGGAAUUCUCAUGUUGAAGAUUUAGCCUUGUGGUGCUGCACUGUUUUUUCAUAACAUGCUGUUUCUUUUGGCAUGUGAUCUUAAAUCUUUCCUCUCAGCUGUUUUGCUGUUUAUGCUGUCAAAAUAGCACGUGACUGUGAGAGCUGAGACGGGGAAAAGGAGACGAGCCGGUAGUACAAGAACUAAACUGACUGUUCUGUCCUCUAUUCCUCUAUUUUUCCAUUGCAGUUGCUGUUUGGAAUUUUUCAGGUGGCUAGUCUUGCCUUGUAUAGAGGAUUUAAAGUGCCUUUCUGAACCCAUAAAUGGAUCAGUUGUUGUGCAGAGAGCUGCAUGGCAUCAUUAGAACUUUUUUUUUUCUUUAGAAAUCUUUUAACAAAUAACAUCUGGCACAGGCAGUAUUAAAACUAAACUUUGAUCCAAACACCACUUUCUGUCAGUCAGAUGAAUCCCUUCAGGCAAUGUUUUAUGACACUCUUUGAGUGGAUAAGCAUAUGGCUGAAAUAUGGUCUUAUGAGGCUUUGUGAAGCUUUUCCACUAGUCAGUACUUGGAUAGCAUCCCCAGGUGUAACUGGUAAAGCAUCGUGUCAAAAAGACUCAGAGGACUGGGAAACGAGUGAGGCACUCCGCACAUAUCACCUCGCAGAUGGAGGUGAAACUCUGGUUACUGUCCAAACCAGCACGCAUUCAUUCUAUGUGGACCUUGGACAACUUUCAGAGUUCAGCGAGUACUUUCGAGCCUUGUCCCAGUCCAGAAUGAGAGAGACCUCAGAGAGCCUCAUCUACCUGGACCAUGUGUCCUCCUCCAUCUUCUACAAUCUCCUUGAGUUUUCCUUCCAUAAUAAGUUUAAAGUCCCUCAGGAGGAGUUAGGCUCACACAUCCAGGUCAGCAGCUACCUCCUGGCUGAGGCCUUCCUCUCAAAAUGUCUGUCCGUCUUGGCAGAUGAACUCAGGCCAGAUAACUGUUUAUCCUACCUGAGUCUGGCUCAGAAGAUCUGCUGCACUGAGCUGAAGAUGACAGUGUUCACCUACCUGAGUAGAAACCUCCUGGAGCUGCCUCACGUCAUCAGGUGUCUGAACGAUGAAGAGAAGGAGGAACUUGUCCUCCUGAGGACACAAGGUGACCCACGUCUCUGCAGUCUUAGGAAAGAGAAUCUGACAACUUGGAAGGACCCAGAAACAGAACGUGCUCGACAUAUCUUCAUCCUGAAAGGGUCAGAGGAAAAUGGAUAUUGGCAUCCAGUCACAGAGUUUCCUUUCAGGGCUGAUAAGUGGUGUUUCACUGCAGUGGUCCUGUAUAAUUACCUGUACAUCAUAGGAGGCUACAGGCAGCGUAUGAGGAGAGGGUGGGAGUUCAAAAUAGCUUCCUUUAGGUAUAAUCCAUUUACUCAUACAUGGGUCGCCACAGCUCCUCUGAUUAAGCACAGAAGGCAUUUCAGUGCAGUGGCCUGUGAAGGCUGUAUUUACGCUGUGGGAGGCUGGUACUUGGACUCCCUGGUGACUCCAGACUCCAGCACAGCUCUUUAUACAGCUGUAGAACGUUAUGAUCCAUGGGAGGACACAUGGAGGUUUGUCUCCUCACUGCCACUCACUGACUUCCAGUUCACCAUGUCCCUGUCCCAUGAUGUGCCCCUUGCCACUAGCCUUGGGCACUGUCUCUAUGUUUUGGGGAGCAUCCAGAGGACUGGAGAGAAACUGCUGCUGCAGUACAACACGAGGCAAGACUUGUGGUCUGAACUGCUUCCUACCCUCACCAGAGCUGAUGUAGACCUCCCAACUCUUUUCUUCCUGGGUGCCACUGACAGGCUGCUUGUGUUUGGUGGGAACAACUCAGAUAAUGUGGUGACAUCAUUUUGUGUGCAGUCACAGAAAUGGGGACAAGUGCACAGGGCUCAGAAAGUGGCAUUUGCAGGACAGGGAACAAUUGUAGGUGACCAGGUCCUGAUGCCAAGUAUAGAGCACAACACUAUUGCAAGGAUGGAUCUCCAGACUCUUAAUCUAAGAACCCUUCCUCCUCUACCCAUCUCCGUCUGCUAUGAGGCUAUCUUUUAUCUUCACUUUUGAUGUUAUAAUUUGUGCUAUGGUGUGCAUGUUUUGAGAGUGAUUGUUUUUGUGACCAAAAGUCAGUAGGUCAGUUGUCAUCUCUUGUGCAUAUCUCUGUAUAUCUCUCUCCUUAUAUUCCCUCCCAUGGUUACCCAGUGCUUUAGUGUCAAAUUAGCACAGACUACACUAGGACUUCAAUUCAAAGGACUGAGUUACCUUGUAUACCUGAAUAUCAAUUACCUAGUUAUUAAAGGUUAUACAGUAUACUGGCUAUCCUAAAGUUUAAGACCCAAUCCAUAACUGGAGUAUAGUUUCCCCCAGAGAGCCACAGCCAGCUGCCUCAGCAAUU